AACCUUUCUCUCUGUGUCCCCACAGUGCCAGAUGACCUCACCCCUGAGGAGCAGCAUGAGCUGGAAAACAUCCGCCGACGCAAGCAAGAGCUGCUGGAAGACAUUCAGCGUCUGAAGAAUGAGAUAGCAGAAGUGACCAGUGAGAUCGAGAACCUGGGUUCCACAGAGGAGAGGAAAAACAUGCAGAGGAACAAACAAGUGGCCAUGGGCCGAAAGAAAUUCAACAUGGACCCGAAAAAGGGGAUUAAGUUCCUGAUUGAGAACGACCUGCUUAAGCACACCAGCUCUGACAUCGCCCAGUUCCUGUACAAGGGGGAGGGGCUAAACAAGACCGCCAUCGGAGACUACCUUGGGGAGAGAGAUGAGUUCAACCUCCAGGUCCUCCAUGACUUUGUGGAGCUCCAUGAAUUCACUGACUUGAACCUAGUCCAGGCCCUGAGACAGUUCCUGUGGAGCUUCCGGCUGCCUGGCGAGGCCCAGAAGAUCGACCGCAUGAUGGAGGCUUUCGCCCAGAGAUACUGCCAGUGCAACCCUGGCGUCUUCCAGUCCACAGACACCUGUUACAUCCUGUCGUUUGCCAUCAUCAUGCUGAACACCAGCCUCCACAACCCCAACGUGAAGGACAAGCCGGCCGUGGAGCGUUUCAUCUCCAUGAACAGAGGAAUCAACGAUGGAGGAGACCUUCCAGAGGACCUGCUCAGGAACCUGUAUGACAGCAUCAAGAACGAGCCCUUCAAAAUCCCUGAGGACGACGGGAACGAUCUCACACACACCUUCUUUAACCCAGACCGGGAGGGCUGGCUGCUUAAACUGGGGGGACGCGUCAAGACCUGGAAGAGAAGAUGGUUCAUUCUCACGGACAACUGUCUGUAUUACUUUGAGUACACCACUGACAAAGAGCCCAGAGGGAUCAUUCCACUGGAGAACCUCAGCAUCCGAGAGGUUGAGGACAAGAAGCCUAACUGCUUUGAACUCUUCAUCCCAGAGAACAAGGACCAGGUGAUCAAGGCCUGUAAGACGGAGGCGGACGGCAGAGUGGUGGAGGGGAACCACACCUUCUACAGGAUCUCUGCUCCCACCACGGAGGAGAAGGAUGAGUGGAUGAACAGCAUCAAAGCUGCCAUCAGCAGGGAUCCCUUCUAUGAGAUGCUGGCCACCCGCAAGAAGAAGGUCUCCUCCAUGAAGAGACACUAGAGCUGCUCAGGACUCCUCCUCUUCCCCCCGUUGAGAGAGUUUGGACCCAUCCUGCUGAGACCCUGAGACUUGUGUUUUCAGGCCUGGGGAUGGGGUUGGGGCAGGAGCUGCAGACUGGGGGUUGGGGCAGGGGCUGCAGACUGGGUUUUGGGGCAGGGGCUGCAGACUGGGGUUGGGGCCUCUUGCCUCGGUCAGCAUUUCUCUGGGAUAGGCUCUAGCUUUGGGAUUCCACAGACCGACUAACAGGACAGGGUGCAUGCUGUCCUGCCUCCCCUCCUCCUCUUCCCCCUGCUCCUGUCUCUGUGGCUGAAUGCUCUCCGUCUCUCUCUAAACUCUUUGCUGUGUGUAUUUUGGGAGGAAGGGGUCUAUCGCUUUCUGGGUAAAAUGGAUCCCCUCCCUCAAAAAGACAUGUGCACACACACCCAUACUCUCACACACACUAAUGUCACACACACACUGAACACACACACACACACACACACACACACACACACACACACACACACACACACACACACACACACACACACACACACACCUCAUCUAAACUCAGCAGGUCUGAUGGAGUUGUUGUGGCAUCCCAACCAAAAUAUUCUUACUAGCUUUCAAAAGGAAAGGUGAGAUGCUUUUCUGUAUACGUUAAUAUGAUGGGCAACAUGUGUGUUUGUAGAGCUUACUACUGUAUAUAUUUCCCUCAGAAUCUUGAGCUUUUGGGUUUCAGUUUUAGUUUUUGAUAACGUUUUUAGAAAGACUGAGGGGGAAUGGGUUAUAUUGCCAACCGACGAUUUUUUUGAAACGAGAAUAAACUUUUUUGAAGUCUUUCUGUCAAA